GAGAGGCAGCUAUCUCCGUGCGUCCUUUCCCCCUCCUCCUUUUUCACCUCGCGUAGACCCGCGAAAGGACGCGAAGGAUGAGAUGAAUGAAACGUAGAAAAGGGUGGAAAUCUUCGUGACCGAGGGACCAUUCCGAGUUGCGGAGCCACGUCUGCUGCCACGGUGCGGAGAGGAGCGUAAUCGCGAUCGGCGCUGACGUAGUGGCCCGAGACCGAACCGGUGGGCUGUCGCUGCCGCCGCCGCCGCCGACGACCGGAGGGACUCACAGGUGAGGCGAAGAGGUGGGAGAUCGCACGUUCGUCGCGUUCGCGUGUCCUCGAGCGAGUGUGCGUAAGCGAGCGAUUGCGGACCGAGAGUGUCUUGUCCGCGCGACGAGACAAGACGAGGAUAAUAAACAACGACGGCCGACGGUGGCGGUAGAGUGCGGUGUGCGACGUCGACGAUCUACCAGCGGACGAGGCACGGCGACACCUGCUUGGUGGGUAGGUAGCCGUGCGGCACAGUAACGCGCGUAGAGAAGGAUAGACAAACGGACGGACAAACGGACGUGCGUGCGUGCACAGCAGCAGCAGAAACGGCGACGGCCAUACUCAAACAACGGCCGAGCGAGUACGAGAGAUGAAGUAGGUGAUAAUCUCGAAUCGGAAGAGGGAGAGAGAGAGAAAAAGAAGAGAGUUCCGAUCUUCAUAACCGUACGCAGUGGACCGCGCGCCCGAGUUUCAGGACGACGGAGAGACAAAGAGAGAACGAAAGAUAGAGCGAGGAAAAGAGACAGAGGCGAGUUGAACCGAGUCGAAUCGUGGAAUCGGUGCGAGUGUAAUCGCGAUAUAUCGGUGUGCGAGGGCGAGCUUAGCACUGCCAGCAGCAGCGACAGAGCGGCAGCAGUAACGAGUAGCGAAGAGAACACGAAGGAGCGGCCCGGAACGGGCGGAAGUGUGGGUCGUGCGUGCCUCUGCGUGCCUCUGCGUGCAGUGCGUGCGGAGAGAACGUCGGAAAGAGGAUAACAGACAGCAGUAGCGGUAACAGCAACAGCGGCGUCGGCGUUGGGGACGGAGGGGAAGGAAGAGGAGGAGGAGGAAGAGGCAGCGGCAGUGAGCGGAGCACCGGUGGUCGAGCCUGACGCGGGUGUCCAGUGGUCGGCCGGCGGGAUGAGCGCCAAGACAGAUGUGAAUAGACGGGUGCUGGCAAUCCAAGCGAAGAAGAAGCGGCACAAGCCCAGCAAGCGCAAGGGCAAGGCCAAUUCCCAGAGCGAGCAAGACGCGCAGAGCUCCAAGGGGCCGCGUGUUGGUAGUGGCCAGGUAGUGGCUACCGCGACCACCACCGCCGCCGCCGCCAACGCUGCCACCACUACCACCACUACAGCCACCAACGUCACCACCACAACGACCACUUCUACCACCACGACCACCAAUACUUAUGAGUACGCCUCGGACGGCCCCCCGCAGCGCGCCUAUAACAGCGACAACGGGACCAGAUUGGUACCAUGUCAUAGUUCCAGCAAUGAAACGAUAGAAGACGACGAUGUAUUCAGUACUGACGACGAGGAACAGGAGGACAGCAGUGACUACUGUAAAGGCGGGUACCAUCCCGUGAAGAUAGGAGAUCUCUUUUUAAAUCGCUAUCAUGUCACCCGUAAGCUCGGCUGGGGUCACUUUUCCACCGUAUGGCUCUGCUGGGACUUACAGGAUAAACGUUUUGUGGCGCUUAAAAUAGUGAAAUCCGCAUCCCAUUUCACUGAGACUGCAUUGGAUGAAAUUAAAUUGUUAAAAGACGUGCGCGAUACAGAUCCCACCGAUCCUAAGCGCAAUAAGACCGUCCAGUUGCUCAAUGACUUCAAGAUCAGCGGCAUUAACGGCCUGCAUGUUUGCAUGGUAUUUGAAGUGCUUGGACAUAAUCUUCUUAAAUUGAUUAUCAAGUCGAACUACAGAGGAAUUCCAAGAAAUAACGUUAAGCGCGUCAUCAGACAAGUACUCGAAGGUCUCGACUAUCUUCAUAAUAAAUGUAAAAUUAUUCAUACAGACAUUAAACCUGAAAAUGUUCUUGUAUGCGUCGAUGAGACUUAUAUACGAAAAUUAGCAUGUGAAGCGACAGAAUUGCAUUCUAUGGGGGCGAAGUUACCGGUAUCUCUGAUUUCCACUGCGCCGAAAGAGUUUCAAGAACCCACGCCGAAUUCCAAAAUGUCCAAGAACAAGAAGAAAAAAUUGAAGAAAAAAGCCAAACGCCAAAACGAGCUCUUGAAGAAACAAAUGGAGCAGAUAGAGGAGUUAGAGGAACAAAUUAAGCUCGCGAAUAGCACGAGAGAAAACGGAGAGGUUGAAACGAAUAGUUUAGACCAGGAUCUCAAUACGGAGAGCAUAGAGGACAAUACGGAGAGCAAAGGAUCACCCGACAACUCGGAGCCAUCUGCACCUUCCUUACAUGUGAAUGGGGUAGAUGGUUUAGCGGGCGGUGAGAAAAUACAGAAUCCAUCGUCCGAACAAUCUGAAAAAAUGGACAAUGUCACUCUGUGCGAUGUGGAGAAAAGUUGUGGCGAAGGUAUCCUACCACCUGAUCCCGAUGACACUGAUGAAUGUAGCGAAGGUCGUAGAUCAUUGAACCCACCGGAAAGUAAGCAAUUGAAACGGGCGUCCAUGUCUCCUCUGGAUCCUGCCAUAAUGGACUGCGAGAUAGAUGUAAAAAUAGCAGAUCUUGGAAACGCAUGCUGGGUUCAUAAAAAAUUCACGGACGAUAUUCAAACUCGUCAGUACAGGUCACUCGAAGUUCUGUUAGGUUCUGGUUACGAUACUUCUGCCGAUAUAUGGUCCACUGCUUGCAUGGCGUUUGAAUUGGCAACUGGAGAUUAUCUUUUUGAACCUCACAACGGCAAGGAUUACUGCAGAGAUGAAGAUCAUUUGGCUCAUAUCAUCGAAUUGCUGGGAGAGAUACCGAGACGUAUCGCUCUUUCGGGGAAGAACUCGAGGAUAUAUUUCAAUAGGAAAGGUGAAUUAAAGCAUAUUACCGGGUUGAAACCAUGGGGCCUGUAUGAAGUGUUGACGGAGAAAUACGAGUGGACUCCGAACGAAGCGCGCGAGUUCGCAGAGUUCCUAAUACCUAUGCUCGAGUUCAAUCCGAGCAUGCGAGCCACUGCAGCCGAGUGCCUGAAGCAUCCUUGGCUGCAAAUCAAAAAGUGAUCGCGUUUUUUAUUGUUUUAUCUGUAAUAUCUCUGCAACUUUCACUUUACCGCCCAGUUGUCGCAAUUAUAAAUCGAGAGUGUGAUAGGAAGCCGAAAAACACUUGCAAACUUGUCAGGUGUUAUUUCCGUACUGAAAAAAGAAAAUCACAAUUUCGCGACCCGAUUUGCGAAAAGCAAGUGCAUCGUUUCAAGAGCGCACAUGUACACAUACACACGUACACUAGAAAACUGUUUGAUAUAAUAUGAAUUAUGGAAACGAGUUGUAACAUAUGUUGUUAUAUUAAUCAUACGUACACUACGAGCGUGUCUCCGCGUGGGAAAUGUUACGAAACCGAAAACGUUUCGAAAAGAUUGUUAUAUACCUUUUACAAAUGGUGAUUUGACAAUAUUGCGGAAGUCGCCUCAAGGAAAGUCGCCUCUCAAACGCAGCGAGCGAAGUGUCGCAAAAUCCGGAAAUUAUUAAAGAUCUUGCAACAUUCCGCUAAUUUCCAUAUAUAAAAUGGCCGCGCGCGUGCUUCCUAAUGUAACACUCUCAAACAUACAUCGGCUGACCAUUUGUGUAGUUGUACCACUUGUUAAAUCAUAUUUUUAAUUAGUGAUGAGAGAACUUAAAUUAAAAGAAGAAAGAAAAAUUUUUUUCAUAGUACUUUAUAUAGAUAUAUAUAGAUUACUUUACAUACACAUUUGUGUCGCAUUCUUUGUACUUGUCAUUUAAUUUAUCUAUGAAUAUUCCAAGAGUCGUGGGAUCCACUUGUAACGCGCUGUGAAGGUACUGGCGGACUCGGUAACGUGUUUGGUUUAAAAUUAGGACUCAUUGCCUUGACUCAGUUAUCCGUGUGUACUUUUAUAUAUUGCACACCGGUCGCUGUAAAUUCUUGCCAACAAACUUGUCGUCUGAAAUCGCAACGGGACAGAAAUGGCUACUUAAUUAAUAUUUUACGUCUACCUCAAUAUACGUGAGCCGGUUAGAAAUACUCAUGAACGGAUAUACACAUAACGAGGGACCGCAUUCAAAUAGAUGUAAAUUUCAAAUAGAGGAAUCUGUAUAUUAUAGAUAAUCAAGAGUCGAUCUCUGGAUUCUUGGAAUAUAUAAUUUACAAUGGGCGCUGGUUGGAUAAAACAAUAUGCAUGUGCUUAUUCAAGGAUUUUAUUUUUUUUCAAAGCUAUUCAAUCUUAUAUAAAAUCUAAGAGUAUCGAUUUUCUUUUGUAUCGCCGUCAGAAUAACUUUAAAAUAAAUUAAAUUUUAUUUAGCAGCAAACGGCGUGAAGGUCGUACUUGUUGAUAUUACAUAAUAAUUUAUAUAUAUUUUUUUUGUAACGAUACACGUUAAAGACAACUGUAUAUAUAAAUAGCAAUAUAUAAGACUAAUGUUAUAUCCAAUAGGCGAUUUGUAUGUGAAAAUAUAUUAUGCAUCUUGUCUUAUUCCAUUGCGCCCUACGAUACUAAUAUUGUAAUGAACAUUUCUGUUUGUUAUAAUCUUGUUUACAUCGCUAAUGCGAAUGCCUGUAUACAUAAUGUACAAUUACAAAAAGAAAGAGAGAGUAUCUAUAUCGUGAAUAAGAUAUUGGCAAACAUGAGAGCAAUUAUAACAAAAGUAACGUUGAAUUUUAUGCAAACUUCUUUACUUCACUGAACACUGACUGACUACUGAGCUCUCUGCCCAUAAUAAUUGUCUUCUAUUUUAUAAAUAAAGAAGCGAAGCAGUGCGUUCCUCAGGACCAUUUGAUCGUGCAUGUUUUCCUAUGCACGAAUUCGAUUCAUGCUUCCCGCAGAAUGUCCUGUUUCGCUUCGUCUGCCAAUCUAAAGUUAUCUCGCAAAAGGUCUCGAUUGAACUACGUGUGGAGAUGCGUGCGUACGUGGAAAUCAUUACGAUGUACAAAUGUCUUUGUCAUUCACUUUUCGGUUACAUUUCUUCCCGGGUAAAAGAGGAAAAUACUCUUGUAAAAAUAUAUGGCAUUUUACGAUUUAUUUUUUAA